AUGCCGAAGUUAUAUGUUGUCUGUUUAUUCUUACCAAAUACAUUGAGCUUUGACUUGGAUGAAACGGAUUCUAUUAAACUUAACCCUCAAAGAUCAAAUUAUAAAAAAGAGCCUAUUCCUCAUCUUAUAAAUAAGCUUGCUUCUUGUUCUGAGAACUUUCAAGAUACAAACUGUAAUAUAUCUUUGUCUAAUGAUGAAGAAACUCGAUUUUUUUAUCUAUUAAAAGAUAAAAAUGUUUUAGAAAAUGAAAAAAAUCGUGAAGAUGAAGACGAAAUGUUUGAAGGUAGAAAAAAAGAGCUAAAUCAACCAAAAUUUAAAUCUCGUGUUUCGUCUUUAUCGACAGCUAUCUCUCAAAUCUCAACAAAAGGGAAAUCAUCAUAUACGAUGCAAAAUUAUCCUCAUGCACCUAUUUUAGCAUCAAGAAGACGUCGUUCAUCUUUUGAUGUUAAUCUUUUCUCAAAAGUGCCAUGGACAAUUGAAUUAAAUGACCAAAGUAAUGUUGGUCUUGGAAAUGCAAUUCGUGCAGCUGAUAAAUCUGGGAAUUUGCAAGAACAUAUGUUUAUUGGAUUACUAGGAAUACCUACAGAUUCUCUUUCUAUUAUGAGAAAAUAUGAAGUUGAACGGGAAUUUAUGACUAAAUGUCGAAGUAUUCCUAUUUUUGUUUCUGACAAUGAAUUUGAUAAUCAUUAUAAUUAUUAUUGUAAACAGAUUCUUUGGCCUAUAUUUCACUAUCAAAUACCAGAUAUUCCUAAAUUUAAAAUGUAUCAGGAUUAUUCUUGGAAUCAUUAUGUUGCUUUGAAUCAGGCUUUUGCAAAUAAAAUUAUAGAAAAUUAUAACGACGGGGAUAUUAUUUGGGUUAAUGAUUAUCAUCUUCUUUUAGUUCCUCAAAUGAUACGUCAGAAGUUACAGUAUGCUAUGAUAGGAUUUUUUCUACAUGUAUCAUUUCCAUCAUAUGAAGUAUUUCGCUGUCUUUCUGUUAGAAAACAACUUUUAGAAGGCAUUUUGGGCGCUAAUGUUAUUGGGUUUCAAACUGAUGAAUAUGCAUAUCAUUUCCUUCAAACUUGCACCAAAUUACUUAACGUAAAAAUGUCAUCUCGAAAUAUACAAUUUGGAUCUUCAUUUGUUAAUAUAUGUGAUCUCCCUAUUGGUAUUGAUCCUGACAAUUUAGAGAAAAAGAAAACAUUGAGCUCUGUCAAAUUAUGGAUUUCAUUAUUAAAAGAAAGAUAUUCUGGGAAAUCCCUAAUUGUUGGGAGAGAUAAAUUAGACGAAAUUAAAGGGGUACGUCAAAAGCUACUUUCUUUUGAGCUUUUUCUAAAUAAACAUUCUGAAUGGAGAGAAAAGGUGGUUUUGAUCCAAGUUGCACUUUCUACUAGUGAAGAAAAUGAAACGCAGUCCCAAGUAUCGAAUAUAGUAUUAAGAAUUAAUUCUACAUAUGGAAAUUUGUCACAUCAAUAUCAACCUAUAGUAUUUCUUAGACAAGAUAUUACAUUUUCUCAAUAUCUUGCGCUUUUAACAGUUGCAGAUGCUUUUUUAGUUACUAGUUUAAGGGAAGGCAUGAAUCUUACAAGCCAUGAGUUUGUGUUUUGUCAGCGUGGAAACUAUGGUCCUUUAAUUAUAAGUGAGUUUGCUGGAAGUGCUGCUCGUUUUAAAGAUGCUGCAAUUACAAUAAAUCCAUGGAAUUUAAAUCAAGUUUCUAAUGCUAUUUAUCAGGCUCUUACUAUGUCCUCUAAAGAACGUUUAAUACGCUGGGAGAAACUUUCAGACACUAUUAUGAAUCAUGAUGCAGCACAUUGGGCCAUAAAUUUUAUUAAUGAAAUCAAAUGCAAUUCUUUUUUUCAGGAAAAAAAAAAAGAUAUCCAUGUUCCUAAAUUGCAGUUGGAUCUUUUUGCACAAAAAUAUGAUAAUUCAAAAAUUUGCAUUUUUUUUCUGGAUUAUGAAGGAGUUUUUUUAAAUUUGGGAAAUCAUUUAAACGAUUUUCAUACAAAUAAGGAAAAAGUGAUAUCUGUUUUAUCGUCAUUAGCAUUAAAUCCUAAAAAUAUUAUUUAUAUAAUGAGUCAUUCCAAUAUUAAAGAUACAGAAAAGUUUUUUGAAAAAAUACCUAAUCUUGGUUUUAUAACACAAGAUGGAUAUUAUAUUUGUCAUAACAAUAAUCAGAUUAACCCCAUAUUUGGAAAUGAUAUUGCUUGGAAAACUUCUGUGAAGGAAAUUUUUUCAUAUUAUUCUGAACGUAUUCCUACAUCAUAUAUUGAAGAAUUGCCUUUUUCCGUUAUUUUUCAUUACAAUUCUAAGGAUAUUGAGUCUUAUACGUCUUGGGAAAUUGAUGAGUUUACGAAACAUGUCAGUUAUUCAUUUUCUAAUAUAUCAUGUCAUACUAUUUUUAUGGAAAAUGAAGUAGUUAUUCGGCAAAAUAAUAUAGAUAAAAGUACAGUUAUUUGUAAUACAUUGGAAUAUAUUAAAGAGUUAUUUGGUAAUUCAAAAAAAAUAGUUUUCAUUGCUGGAGAUAAUAAAAAUGAUGAAAAUGUUUUUGACUGGGCUAUUAAAUUCAAGAACAAUAAUGAAACUGAUUAUGUUCUUACCGUAAAUAUUGGAACUAAAGAUACAAAAGCAUUAACUUGGGUUGAUCACGUUUCUGAAUAUUUUGAAAUCCUUGAAAAACUGGCAAUUUUAUCUAUACAGGAACAAUAA